AUGAAGGAGAACAAGGGAAACCCAUUGCACCUUUCGUCUUUAAAUCACAUCUCACUUGUGUGCAUAUCCGUUGAUGAAUCGACUCAGUUUUAUCAGAAUGUUCUUGGAUUUGUUCCGGUGAGGAGGCCCGGCUCAUUCAAGUUUGAUGGAGCAUGGCUGUUUGGACAUGGAAUUGGGAUACAUUUGUUGCAGUCAGAAGAUCCAGAGUGUGUGCCUAAGAAGACAGUGAUUAAUCCCAAGGAUAAUCACAUUUCUUUCCAGUGCGAGAACAUGGGGGUGGUGGAGAAGAAGCUGGGAGAAAUGGGAAUCGAGUACGUGCGGCAGAGGGUGGAAGAAGGAGGAGUAAACGUUGAUCAAUUGUUUUUUCAUGAUCCAGAUGGCUUUAUGGUGGAAAUAUGCAAUUGUGAUAAUUUGCCUGUGAUUCCAUUGACUGGAGAAAUGGUUCGGUCCUGCUCCAGAAUAAAUUUGCAGCAGAUGCUGCAGCAGCAGCAGAUUCAUGUACCAGUACAACCUUAA